AUGAGGUUAGGCGCGGAGCGGCGCGUUCGAACUAAAUGUUCCACUCGAAACAGGCGUGGGUUAGAGACAGGUUUCCGGGCUGCUCCUGUCCCGGUAUCAGCUACUGAGUGCGAUGUGAAAACUCUGGAGCAGGAGACCAGGGCCUCGGUAUGGACCACUGACAUGAGGCAGCUGCCAUUGUUUAACUUUGCAGCCUUGUAUGCCUACUUUAUAACCCUGACGAAGAAGUUCAAGCACAUUGAACUUGCGUCGACAUCGUACAAAAAGCUAAAGGCUUACCAGUACUUUGCAGAGGGCAAUGUAAAGGGCAUGCAGGUUGCAAAGAAACAUGGCACUACCUAUGUCAAGGCAAAGGUGCUGCCUAGCAUGAAAAGGCUAAGUACUGCACGAUCAUCGGAUUCAACAACGGGCAAGUCACCAAGGCAGCAUGUGAUUGUCCAGCAGGUGACACCACAAUGUGUAUACCAUUUAUUAAAACUAUUGUAUUUUCCACGCAGGACAUGCCCUGGAGGACUUGGCAAAUGUAACCAUAUCGGAGGGCUACUGUUUGCCAUCGAGGCGUUCAAUAAGACAGAGUUGAGGGACAAUCCAACCCCUGUGUCGUCAACAUCGAGGCUCUCAGUCUGGAAUGUUCCACGCAAUGACAAGGUUGAAGCCCAAGAGAUAACAAAUGUGAAACUAGGAAGGAUUCGCUACGGAAAGGAGACAAAGUACAUGAAGACAAACCACUAUGACCCCAGGGCACUUCACCACAGGACAGUGGACCAAAAUGCACUGGACAUGUUCAGACAAAAGAUGGGGUCUAUGUGUCCAGAUUCGAUGUUUCUUUUAUAUGGAGCUAAUAGAGACACAUCCUCUAACUCCAGCCACUCUCACAACGGUUCCCUGGACCCCCAGCACAACACACAAGGCAACGGUUCCCUGGACCCCCAGCACAACACACAAGACAACGGUUCCCUGGACCCCCAGCACAACACACAAGCCAGCGGUUCCCUGGACCCCCAGCACAACACACAAGGCAACGGUUCCCUGGACCCCCAGCACAACACACAAGCCAGCGGUUCCCUGGACCCCCAGCACAAUACACAAGACAACGGUUCCCUGGACCCCCAGCACAACACACAAGCCAGCGGUUCCCUGGACCCCCAGCACAACACACAAGACAACGGUUCCCUGGACCCCCAGCACAACACACAAGACAACGGUUCCUUUGACCUUCCCUUCAAUGACUUGUACGACUUCAGUACCAGUGCAUUUUCGGACAUGAUGGGAACGUACAUGAAGUCAAUGAAACUUUCAAGGGAUGAACAGUUGACCACAGAACAGGAAACAAGAGGGCAGGGUUCCAGCGAAACAUGGAAGGAGAAAAGGAAAGAAAAACUGACAUCAUCAAACUUUGGCAGUGCCAUUACUUGUAAGGUGGAGCCCUCUAAUAAAGUGAAGGGUAUGCUUUACAGCAGUUUCACCACCAAAGCAACUACAUACGGAAACAACAACGAGACUGUUGCCGUGGAUGAGUACCUGUCCCUCGCUCACAGCGAAAACUUCCAUGCGGACUGCAUAGAGGCAGGGUUAAUCCUCUCAUUGGAGAGACCGUGGUUGGGGGCUUCUGUGGAUAGACUUGUGCAGGUAGCUGGUAAGACUGUUGGAGGCCUGGAGGUGAAAUGCCCUUACUCCAAACAGGGCUGUACAAUCAAAGAAGCCAUCCAGGACCGUGCCUUCUUUCUGACUAAAGUAGAUGGCAGGGUCUGCCUCAAGCCAAGUCACAAGUACUACCACCAAGUUGUACUGCUGUGACUUGGAGUGGGUAGACUUUGUUGUCUACUUUGGUCCUGGCAACAUUGCACGUGACAGGAUUUUCGUGGACUCCCAGUGGCGGCAGGUCAAUCUCCCUAAGUUAGACCACUUCUUCAAGUCAGCUAUCCUGCCAGAACUACUGACAAGGAGAGUCAGACGCGGGAAGAAACUGUACAAGGCGGGUUUGUGGAAACCAUUGUAAAAGAAACAACAAGGACAGUUGGACUCAACUUCUCUCCUGGUUCAGUGUGAUCAGUUUGAUAGUACAUGUACUGCCACUUUCUAUGCUCUGUAUGCAUAUGGCUAGAACAUUAACUACGUAACCCUCAUUUUUUGUGUUCAAGGUUAGAUGAUUAGAUUCUCAGUGGGCUUGUUGAGGGGGCCCAACUUAAUGUUCGCCUUUAUCCCCAUAUGUAUCCUGCAUAGUUAGUGGCUGUUGUAAGUUUUCCUAGCCAUGUGUGGAAAGAAACUGUAUCUGAAACCUUUGUAAAAAAAACUGAACAUGGGCAGUUGGAUUCUAUGUACCUCUAUGUCUCUCCUGCUUUGGGGGAAGAACUAGUGUGCUUUAUUAUUGUUAGUUACUGCCACUCUCUAUGCUCUGUAUGCAUAUGGCUAGAACAUUAACUAUGUAACCCUCAUUUUUUGUGUUCAAGAAUGAGAUUCUCAGUGGGCUUGUUGAGGGGGCCCAACUUAAUGUUCGCCGUUAUCCCCAUAUGUAUCUUGCAUAGUUAGUAGCUGUUGUAACAAUUUUCUUAGACUGGGAUCACAAACUUAUGUGAUUGGGGGGAUGACACCCUUUGACAGAUGA